UUCCUACGGAAGGGAUCCGUGUUUUGUAUAGUACGGUGGUGCGAUAAAAGGUCAAAUGCACAUUGACUAUGGUUAUCUGCCAUGUAUGCAGGCAUCUCUCCUUUGCUGACUCCCUCCUUCCUCACACUCCACCUCUCUGCAUCUCCCUUUCUCUCGGCGGACCGCCCAUCCGACAGGCCGGACGCAGUGUGUUUGGGGGCCUGAUCAUUUUAUUUAUACUAAAAAUCGAAGCAAAGAGGGAUGUUGAAAACCGUCAUGGAUGAAGAGUAGGAGUAUCAGGUUCACUGGGGGACCAGUUUUACUCCAGAAGAACCAGUGAUACAUGUAGGUACAUCUGCCCUGUGCCAUGAGUGAGGACAGUUCCCCUCUCGCUGGUGUGGGGCCUGACGGUUCGUUCCCAGAGCCAGAGGGGGCUGGGACAGGAGAUGGAGGGGUGGAAGACCCAGGUGGCGCCCACAGGUGCCCUGAGUGUGGGAGAUGCUUUUUGGGUCCAGCCGAGCUGGAGCAGCACGUGGCAUCCCACGGGGGAGUGGAGGAAGUGCGGCGCCGUCAGUCACGUGACCGCCGGCCCGCCCUCUCCUCCAGCCGGCCUGCCCUCUCCUCAAGCCUGCCUAGGCGUGCCAAUGCGGGCAGACGUCCUCACAGCUGCCUGCUCUGCACCAAGACCUUCAUCUCCUCAUCACACCUGGCGCUGCACCUCCGCUCGCACAGCGGCGAGCGCAAGUAUAAGUGCAGCGUGUGUGGAAAGCUCUUCCUGCAGUCGUCGCAUCUGGUACGCCACAAGGCCAUCCACACUGGCGAGCGGCCCUUCAAAUGCCCCGAGUGCGGCAAGGGCUUCGGACGCGCCUCGCACCUCAAGACACACCGCCGGCUGCACACCGGCGAGAAGCCCUUCAAGUGCACGCAGUGCGACAAGGCCUUCACGCAGAAGGCCGGCCUCAUCGUGCACCACCGGCUGCACACUGGCGAGCGGCCCUUCUCUUGCAGCGCCUGCGGCCAGGCCUUCCGCUGCGCUGCACACCUGCUGUCCCAUCAGGCACUGGAGGCGGGAGAGCACCGAUUCGCCUGCGACUACUGUGACCGCGCCUUCCGCUCAGCGGUGGCGCUCAGGCGGCACGAGGCAUCCAGCCACAGCACACUGCAGGCCUUCCGCUGCAGCGUGUGCCGCUGCUCCUUCGCCCGUUCUGCCUGCCUGCAGCCGCACGUGCAGGACGACGGCGCCUGCCGGCCGUACCACUGCAUGGUGUGCAACAGGAUCUAUGCCAAGAUGGCCACCUUCGAGAAGCACUGUCGGCAGCAUCAGCGGCACAGUGGGGGCGUGGCUGCUUCCAGUGCCGAGGAUGAGGAGGGGCAGGAAGAGGAGGGGGACCUCAAGACGUCUCAGUCGGCCCAGCCGGCUGGCCUUCAGUCCCCGCGGCCCCCCCAGAGCGAGGUCACCACGCGAUCCAGGGCUCGGGCCAAAGCGAAGGGCAAGACGGCCGACCCUGAGUGAACACCACCACAGCACUGGGACAGAGCACUGCGGUAGAGCUGCUUGGGAAGACAGCCAGCCUCGGGUCACACGCCAUUGUCAUACUGAUUAUAAUCUGAAACAUUCCAACUUCUUCCCAUUGUCGGUGCAAUAAAACACUUAGGGUGGGCGAUUCCGUUCACUGCACUAAAUAUUAAAUACGUUCCUUACUUAGGUGAUGCUAGAGCAGCAUGUUCUGCUAAAACCAGCUAGCUGUCCGCUAUCUCCUGACAACUAACUAGCUGUUCAUUUCGUUGUUGAAAUAACUAAGUGGGACCCUAUAAACGACAGACCUGCCCCAUCUGAAUAUUACCUGGCUUUUCUGAUGAAAGGUUGCAGGUUUGAGGGGCGGCAUGGUGCUGCAGUGGUCAGCACUGUUGCCUCACACCUCUGGGACCCGGGUUCGAGUCUCCGCCUGGGUCACAUGUGUGCGGAGUUUGCAUGUUCUCCCCAUGUCGUCGUGGGGUUUCCUCCGGGUACUCUGGUUUCCCCCCACAGUCCAAAAACAUGCUGAGGCUAAUUGGAGUUACUAAAUUGCCCAUAGGAGUGCAUGUGUGAGUGAAUGGUGUGUGAGUGUGCCCUGUGAUGGGCUGGCCCCCCAUCCUGGGUUGUUUCCUGCCCAUUGCUUCCGGGAUAGGCUCCGGACCCCCCGCGACCCCCUGCGACAGGAUAAGCGGUUUGGAAAAUGGAUGGAUGGGUUGCAGGUUUGCACUUUUCCUCGUGUGAGACGAGCACUUUUUUGCACACUUCUUAUGGCGUUGCGUCUGUGUAGCGUAGCACCUCCAGCACUGGCAAUUCUGCGUCAAUUCCAUGGAGCUGGAAUCGCUAAAGUGAGACGGCCCAGUGCGGAUCCAGUUAGAUCCGAGUGGUAUGAAAAGCGAAGGUGUGUUCAGUAUCUCCUGGAUGGCUGUGCUACUGGGGCACUUUAAGUUUGGGUCACCUACCCAUCAUAUACCAUAUCAGGAUGAGCAGUAUCAGUGUGGGCUGAUCCAUGGAGGGGUGGUGUGGGUGUGGAUCUCGAUCAGCCAAUAACAGGGAGCCACAGCUUCAUCAUUGGCUGAUUGAGAGGUCACCCCAAUAAACUCCAUGGAUUCGGUUCCCCACCCCUGGCUCACACCGUAUGCUAGGAAAGGUGUGCUUACCUUCAUGUGUUUCAUGCUGAAAUGUGCUCUAUAAUGAUUAUUUCUCGAUGCUUUUUCAGGCAAUUUUGCCAGUUAAACCAUUUUUAAGAGGAACACAUUUCCGAUUGCUGUCGGAAAACUAGUCAUUUGUUCCCAUUAUCCAGAACAUUGAGUGUUUGCACCUUUUGUCUGUAAUAAGCACCUUGACUUAGUAAAGAAUGUUCUAGCUUGGGUCAUGUUAAGAAAAUAAGCUUUUCGUGUAGGAUUACACCUUAAUUAAAUGUCUGUUUGUGCAGUACGCAUUGCCAGCUCCUUCACUGGUAAGCCCUGCCACAAAAGCUUAAUGAAGAGAGAUUUAAGCGAGGCACCAUUUCAUGGACGAUCUGUGGAGAGCAAAGGUUAUAGGUAUAAAAUGGCAGUCUAAUUUAUAUUUAAGGCUAAUUUUUACGACAUUUAUACGUAUGAAGUAAUAUAUUCUGUAGCAUUUCGAAGUUCAUUGGUGUUCUAUUGUCAACUAGUCAGACGAGUUACCAAGCAGUUCUGCAAAUUUGAAUUAGUGUAAAUCUUCUGUGAGACCCAUUUCUAUCAUUGUAAUGUUUGGUAAUAAUGCACCUUUUUUCCUAAAUAAUUUCCUCCCCUUUGUUUUUACUGCACUCAUUUAGUUUCUUAUUGUAAAUCACAUGUUUCCGUACUUUACUGCCAUUUUGCACAUUAAAGUAAUAUUAACUGCUUUAAUAUAAAUUAUACUUUAAGAAAAAGGCGUGCAAUGCUUGUUUGAUAGUAGGAAUAUGGUAACAUUGUAGGAAUAAAGCUGUAAUCUGUUCAUUUAAGUGGAUGCACUUAUUAUAUCUGUGCGCCAGGUGGCACCAGUAGUAGGUGAAAUGUGUGUUUUGGGCCUUUUUUCAUCAUCCUGAAGCUUUUAUAGGGAUCCUGUGUUUCUUCGUAGACUAACGAUUGAGCGAUGAUUUGUCUUGAAGUUUGAUUAAAUGUAAAGUGUUUCCUGCUGUUUUAUGUUAGGUCCAGUAACUGAUAGUAAGCAAAAGUAAUUCUGUCAUGAGAGACUUUCGGUAACACUUUGCGUGUAUGAUAUGUCUAUAAGAAUCUAUGAACACAUUCAUAAAACAUUAUAAUACAUUCAUGAAGCAUUAUAAACAUGAUCUCAAAUAUUUUAAUAAGGAAUAACACAUUAUAGCCAUGUUUAUUAUGCAUUAUGAAUGCUUUAUGAAGCUCUCAUCUAUAAUGUACUAUAGAUACCUUCGUAAUGCAGUACAAAGCAUUCUUAAUGCUUAUACCGACCAUGAUAAUCCAUUAUGAAUGUAUUAUGACUGUUAAUAGAAAAUGCUGUAAUGCUUCAUUAACCCUUAUACCAACCAUUAUAACACACCAUGAAGGUAUCUAUAAUGCAUUAUAGAUGAGUGCAUUAAUUAAAUUACCAUACUUUCUUACAUGCAGCCCUCCUACCGGACUAGAUGUACCAUGCCUUCUCAUUCUCCUCUGUCCGUAGUACAUUACACAAAAAUUCUCUGUUCAGUAAUGCAGGUAGAUACUGAUUAAACUGUGUGGUAUGUAAAGAAUUGAUUUGUUUUCUUUACUUGUAAAUUUAGUUUAUUGAUUUUUUUAUAAACUGAAUAAUACCGUGCAGAUUUACUCAUGUGGUUACAAAAUGGCAAAUUCUAAAUUGAGUUUCUUCAGUUUUAGAGCUUAUUUCUCUAAAAUAAAUGGUUUACUUGAA